GUAGAAGUGGGUGGGUGAAGACUGCACAGGUGUGUCCAGCCAAUGAAGGAGCGGCUCAGACAGGCAGAUAAGCAGAAGCAACCAGUCCACCCAGAGCGAAGGGACCAGCUGACACAGAGAGGUGAUCAGCUGACUACAUCCCCAUCAGAGGGUUGCUCGAGCGCUGGGGUCGUACGCCGACCGGAGCGACCGCCGCGGUUCCUCAGCAGGAGUCCAGAAGACCCAAAAGUGCACCCCAAAAUCCAGGACAUGGAGCUGCAGAAAGAAAAGCUCCGCAGGCCACUGCCUAAAGGAGCACAGAGGCCAGAUCAUGAUGACGAUGAUGACGAUGAAGAGGAGCACGCAGCUAGUGGGGAGAGGCCAGCCCCGCCCACCAGCCUGCCGAUGUCCGGGAGCGGCGGCGGGAGGAAGAAGCGGCUGGUGGCGCCCGCCAUCAGCCUGACGCUGGAGCGCAGCGACUCGGUCUUCUCCGACGACUACGCCACCGCCGCCCUCUCCCCGUCGCCCGACGACGACGACCCCGAGCUCGACAUCAACCUGGAGGACAUGGACACGCCCUCCGACAGCGAGUCCUUCGGCUUCCCCGACAGCCCCGAGUUGGACGGUGACUUCCUGCGGUUAGCGAAGGGCGGGGCUUCCCGGGCAUCCGUCUCUGAGCAGGCGGAUUUCGGGAACAUGGAGCUGGACCAGGUGGACGCCGACGGCCGCAGGUGGAGGCGCCUGAGCGUCUCCGGGCAGGAGUGCUACGUCAACAUGAGCGUCAUCCAGCCCUACCUGCGGGUGCUGUCGCACGGGGGUUACUAUGGAGACGGCCUGGACGCCAUCAUCGUGUUUUCCUCCUGCUAUCUUCCGGACAACACCAUCGAGAACUACCCGUACAUCAUAGACAACCUCUUCAGGUACAUCGUGGGGACCCUGGAGCUGAUGGUCUCGGAGGAUUACGUCAUCGUGUACCUGUGCAGCAUGGCCCCUCGGACCAAGCUCCCCAGCAUCAAGUGGCUGCGGCAGUGCUACGCGACCGUGGAAAGGAGGCUCAGGAAGAACCUGAAAGGGGUGUUCUUUGUUCACCCAGUCUGGUACAUCAAAGUCCUCCUCACCAUCGUCAAGGCAUUCACCAGUGCCAAGUUCAGCCGGAAGGUCCGCUUCAUCCGCAACCUGCAGGAGCUGUCAGAGUUCAUCCCCAUGGAGCACGUGAACAUUCCCGACCACAUCCGACAGUAUGACCAGACUAUGGAAGGGUGACAUUGAAGAAGUGCCCCUGAAUGUGUGUAUAUAAUGUACAUAAAGCUGGUUCUGUCUGGCUGGCGCUUUGGUGAAGCCUGGGUAGGAAGCAGAUGAGGUGACGCUGGAGGACCUGAGUCCCCCUCCAUCGGCCCUUCUCCGGAUUCAGGGCAGAGGACCUUGACCAGGCGUGCGACCCCUGACCUCUCGAGAUUUCGCCGACUCAUUCCGCUUGACUUUGCGUUGUUUUUCCCCUCUCAUCUGAUUUGUCUAAAAGCAGGGCCGCCCAACCCAUGUUGCUGGAGAUCUGCCAUCUUGUAUGUUAGGUUUUCUCUCCAACCCUGACAAAGCACACCUCAUUCAGCAGCUAGAGAUGUUGUUGAGCUGCUGAUUCAUAGAAUCGUCUGUGCCAAAUGAAAACCUACAGGAUGGUAGAUCUCCAGCAACAGGGUUGGGCAGCCUUGAUCUAAAUGGCGCACGUGACCAAUCACAGACAAGUGUGCAGUAGAACAGGCCUAAAGGGUAUGAAGGCAAAAUGUAAAAUAUAAGGACAUGUUAAAUAAAAAGGGGGGCAGAUCCAAUGCCUCUCUCUCGUU